AUGCUGUUGCCACUGCUGGGCGCCUGUGCGGUGGUGGGGCCAUUCCAGGGCCCUGAGUGAGAGCCAGUGAGGGGCCUGCUCUCUGGGGAUCAGAGCUGCAGGGACCCUCGGGGAUGCGGCAACCUGCUUGCCCUCUGCCUCUUUGUGAUCUAGCAGGUCCGGCACCAUUGGCACCAGAUCAUCAGGACACCCCCCAGCAUGAGGAAUGUCAUCAAGGUACCACCACAGAAGUGGACAGUGCCCUCCAUGAGACAUGACACUUGUUUGGACCCGACGCCUAAAUUAUUCUUCAGUUCUGGCAGGUUCAGGGCCCUGGAUGCUCAUGUUCAACAAUGGGCACAAAAGAAGAGAUGGGAAUACUGGAGGAGCCUCCGGGCAUCAGGGGCUCAAUACCUGCUCUCUUGGCAGCACCCAUGUCAGUGUCCACGUUGGGAUUCCCAUACCCCUUCUGAGACCAACUUUUGUACCACCUGCUUUUCAAGCACCUGCAUGCUCCCUCAGGACAGUUCUUGGGGUAUAUGGCAGGUACCCUGGUGUCUCAGUGAUGAGCACCCUCACCUGACCCACAAGCCACUGCUCCCUGACCCGGACAUGUAUCAUCAAAGGAUGGAGCAACCGCCGGUCCACUCCCAGGUAGAGUUAUUGCCAUUGGAGCCUAUUGUCAGCAUGGGGUCCCAUUCCACCACCAGGACUUUAACCACUGCUCUCCCUUCAUCUCAGAGGCUGCAGUUCUGCUCUGGAGAAUUCCUGCCUUUUCCUUUCAACCAUCAAGUGGGACUACCCACCUGGAAGUCCUGGGACUGUCCACAAGAGGCCUGGACACCAGGGAGUGAAAACCCAAUACUAAGCAGAGAGGAUAUUGGAGAGACCCAGGCUCCAGAGUGGGCAAAACAGAGAGAGAGCAGCCAGGAGGAUGCCGCGGAGAUGAAGGCAUCUGGAAGGCAACUCCCAAUAAACUUUGGGAUGAAGAACAAUGCAGAGACUAAGGUCCUGGAGUGGACAAGCCAGAGACUAGCGAUGAGUAAAACUGGUGGAGAGAACCUGACGGCAGGGUGGGAGAACUGGGACCACAUGGGAGUUGAGAAUAGAGCCCAAACUCAGGAGCCAGGGAAGAGAAACCAGAGGGAGGCUAGAGAAUGGACGAAAGAGGAGCAAGCUGGAGGUGAGAAUGGCACAGAAAUUCAAACCCUAGAGAAGAGAAACCAAAGAGAACCUGGAGGUGUAGAGACCCAGACACCUGAAAGAGAGAACUUGGAACAGUUAGAUCAGGACAUUGGAGAGAACCAGUCACCAGGGAAGAGGAACUGGGAGCAGAGUGGAGGAAUGAAUGAUGCAAAAAGUCAGACAUUGGAGAAGAGAAACCAGAGAGAGGUUGGAAGCAAAGAUGGUAGAAAGAUCCAGAGACUUAGAGGCAUGAACCUGAGGCGGUUAAAACGUAAAGUUAAUGGAAAGACCUGCGCAUCAGAGUGGGAGCACCAGGAGCAGAUUGGAGAGGAGAAUGGUGCAGAAAUGCAAAUACAAGGAAAAAGAAACCCAAGAGAGACCACAGGUGGUGAUGGCAGAGAGACCCAGACACAGUUAAGAAGUCAUAUUGAUGGGAAGAUCCAGAUACAAGGGGAAGAGAACCAGAAAAGGGGUAGAGAUGAGGAUGCUGCAGACAUCUGGGAUGGAAGGAGCCAGAGAAAGUACAGAGCUGAGGACGCUGGAGAACCUGGAGUUCCAAGGGGAGGAAUCAAGGACCAGGUCAGAGAACGGGAUGCUGCUAAAGGCAAUCCCCGAGUUGACUGUUCUGGGGAUGAGGGGCUCCUCAUCCUCACUGGCUCUGGGUACGGGGCCCUGGACCAGGAACAAGUAGUGGCCUCUGUUACCUGUCCUGAGAUGAAGCCUCUAGCACACCAGGCUGAACUCUUCUUGCUCUCCAGUGGGGAGGGAAAGCAUUUGGCCAGCCAGAACAUGGCCCCUGCCAGAGUGGGCAUCAGUCCAGCCUUCCUGCAGGCCCCGUCCAAACCCCCGAGAAGCCGACAAAGGGACAAAAGAGUGGAUGCAAGUCUGGCUUGGCAGCUCCAGAACCCACAGUCUCUGGCUGUUUCCCUGAACUUGCUUUCUUCCUACCCCUCUGACUCAUGUGGCCAAGCCCCCCAAGAUGCCAUAGCUCUGGUGGGUGUUCCUAUUGCCCUCACUGUCCUGCCCAAGUGGCCAGUCCUCAGGAAGAGCCAGCAACUACUCCUGGAGGCCCUCAUGCUGCGGAGGAUUGAACACCUGAAGUGGGGCCUCCCCCAGCGGAUCCUGGAGUCCCAUUUGCUCUUUAACUCGUUAGAUCCCUGCCUACUGCCCUUUCCGGGGGUGCAGCUCCCUGGAUUACACACAGCCUGUGAGCUCCAACAGCAGCAGGAAAGGCUUUACACCUCCAGCUUCAAGGGGAGUCUCCGCUCUGCCACAAGGAGCCUGAGCGUAAACUGUCUCAACGAGACAUCCUGGGCCCCACAGCUGGCCAAGCCCCAGCACUCAGCCCCCAACCUGAACCUGAGGGGUUCUGAUCCUCCCCUGCUCCCCAAAGUGGGCUGGAAUGUGCAGCUGCUGCCAGUGGGCUCGGCAUCCUUCGUCCACGUGGUGGGCCUGUGGUUUGCAGAAGGCCAGCGGUACAGCCAUGAGGUGGCGGAGUGUGCCCUCAAUGCCACCUGCACCCAUUACACUCAGACACUGGAUCCAAAGUUUGGAUGGCAAGGUAGCAAGCGGAAAACUGGAGGUGGGCUGGGACGGCACCUGCGUUGA